ACCAAAGCAUAUCUCAUUUUGUCAGUCAUCUCCCACCCUCUCUCUCUCUCUCUCUCUCUCUCUCUUCCUGACGUGCACAGACAGUCGCACACGCUUUCUCUCUCUCCUUGUCGGUUUUUCUUUUGAAAUAUCCGUCUUUUUCUUUUGAGACGAAACUGGUGUUGUUUACCCACAGACUUGAUUCUGAAUUAGUGAAAGCCAUAGAAAUCCCGGGUACCCAUUUCGGAUUUGGACCUGCCCAGAUCGAGUCCGGACCCGUCGGUGAGGGAAACAUUUAGGUCCACAUUGAGGUUUCCAAUGCUUGUAAGAUAAAACACAGAAGAAGUUUGAGAUUUUACUUUGAUUACCAUCAUGAUAAAAAAAUAAAUGGAUGUCGUAGAUUUGUAAUGUGAAGAGGGAAAUGUAAAGGUUGUGGCUUAGCUCGGGAUUCAUGGGGAUUUGUUUUAGUAUUGAAGAACAACAAUCACAACAACUGCAAAAGCAAGAACAGAGCCCGCGGUCUGUUAAGAGAAAUCAAGUUAAAGUAGGGCAUGAAAAAGCCACAUCUCCGAAUACACCAGAAAAAGGAGUGUGUAGCACUCCCCCAACUCCCAGGAAUGUCAAAGAUCUCCGCAAAAGUCCUGGGUACAGUAAUGUUGAUAUCUUCACAUACGAGGAAAUGAGGUUGGCCACAAAACAUUUCCGGCCAGAUUUAAUUCUUGGCGAGGGUGGAUUUGGAAUUGUAUAUAAAGGACUAAUUGAUGACAACGUGAGAUUGGGAUACAAGAAUACCCAAGUAGCGAUUAAGGAGCUUAAUCGAGAAGGGUUCCAAGGUGACAGGGAAUGGCUGGCAGAAGUUAACUAUUUAGGGCAGCUCCGUCACUCUAAUCUUGUGAAACUCAUUGGGUAUUGCUGUGAGGAUGAGCACAGGCUGUUAGUUUAUGAGUAUAUGGCAAGCGGGAACCUAGAAACACAUCUGUUUCGCAGAGUGGGCUCUACUCUAAAUUGGUCAAGAAGAAUGAAGAUUGCAUUAGAUGCUGCAAAAGGACUUGCUUUUCUUCAUGGUGCAGAAAGACCUGUCAUAUACCGUGACUUCAAGACAUCGAACAUCUUGCUGGACGCGGAUUUUAAUGCAAAGCUUUCAGAUUUUGGCCUUGCGAAGGAUGGGCCAAUGGGAGAUCAAACGCAUGUUUCAACACGAGUGAUGGGUACUUAUGGAUAUGCUGCUCCCGAGUAUGUAAUGACUGGGCAUUUAACAUCUCGAAGCGAUGUUUAUGGGUUUGGAGUAGUUCUGCUUGAGCUGCUCAUCGGAAGGAGAGCAUUGGACAAGAGCAGGCCCAGCCGAGAGCACAACUUGGUUGAGUGGGCCCGCCCACUGUUGAACCACAAUAAGAAGCUCCUGAGGAUCUUGGACCCUAGACUGGAGGGGCAGUACUCAGUUAAAGCAGUAAUGAAGGUGGCCCAUUUGGCAUACCAAUGCCUUAGCCAAAACCCAAAAGGACGACCUCUCAUGAGCCAUGUUGUUGGCAUCCUCGAAAAUUUUCAGUCGAACAUAGAAAAUCAGGAGGCACUGCUUCAAAGUGGAGGAGGUAGUGGUCUAACCCUUUAUGAGGUUCCAAAGGAUACCCCUGCCUGUGAGUCAGAGAGGAGACUCCCAUCAAGAAGUGAGAGGGAACCCAAGGUGCAGCAGAGCAAACCCGGAAAAGGAAGGAGCAAAAGUGAGCCUCCCAAUGAUUGUGACCUUUAUCCUUCUCCAGACUUGCUACUCUGACAAGAAGUCAACUUCCAGGGUUUGAACCUGUACUCUUUCAGUUGAACCUUCACCAAAUAUGGAUUGAAGUUGAACUUGUAUAAGAUUUAGUAACUUGUGUACCCAUUUGGUGUUUGGAGAUCACUAUUAUUGUCCCAUUAAUGAAAUUGUAGAUUUCAUUCCCUUUUUGUUGUGUUCUGUUUCAUGUCCUUCCUUAUCAGGGAAAAGUCGAAGACUUUUGAAAUUAUAAGUUGUGUAUCCAUUUGCUGUUUCGGGGUAGUUAUUAUUCUCCGUGUAAUAGAUUUUGAUGGGUUGAACAUUCACAACUUCCUUGUAACAGUUGUUAAUCAUGUUUAGGUAUUGUUCUUGUAUAUGUACUGUAUGGUUAGACUGUCUUA